CGAUUCAGCUGAGUCCCAACCACUAUAACUCAAGAAGGGCUGGUCACUUUUUAGUGUUCUUGGUACCGUUGAAUAGGGAAUUAAAUUUGCUACAAAAUACCAAAAAAAUCAAAAUUUUGGAUUGGUUGACGGAAAAGUUAUGGUCAAAAAAGAAGAGGGGAUUUUUGGACUCCCGGUUCAGCCAAGUUCAUGGUACCGUUGGAUAGAAAAUUCUCGAUCUCGAUAACCGAGAUUUUCGAUCGAGAUCUUGUUUCGAUCCGACCUCUAACCCUUCAACGUUCAUUUCAUAAUUUGGCUAAAUUGACAGCCCGUCCAUGGUGGACAAUUGAACAGACUGAAUGUUCUAGACAAUUGAGACAAUUAGAAAGGCAUUGGACGACUGUUAAGGAAGAAGCCCAACAAAUGUGGCAUAAUCACCAACAUUUAUUUGAAAAAGAUAAUUAUUCAAAUAAUUUAAUAAAUGAAGAAAAUGAUGGUCAUUGGUUAUUAACAAUUAAAGACAAAGGCAAUUCAAUUAGCGAAGAAAUAUGUGCAGAUAAUUUAAUGCCAUUAACGUGCCAAAUGUUGAGGGAAAGUUUUAGUGAUGCAGUUUGUGCGAGGGAUAAUGUUCGUCUAUCUGUACUUAAAUCAGGCACUUCCACUUGGCCCCAUUGCGGUCCAACAAAUUAUAUUUUAGAAGCCCAUCUUGGACUUGUUACACACUCUGACGCUCGUCUACGUGUAGGAAAUGAGACUAGGUGCAUUUAA